CUGCUAGUUAGCAGCUACAUGGCCCAGCUGCCAGCCCAUACACAGAUGGACGUUGCCGUAUCGCCGCCCUUUGCCUGAGCCGAGGCAACUGCAUGGUGGAGUCGAGUUUCCCGCCGACAGUCAGCUGCUGGAAUGUGAAGUGCUACAUAACCGGAGCCCGCCUGCUUCUUCUUCUCCUCUGCCUGUCCAUCUCUCCUCCUCCAACUCCUCGAACGGACUACGCAUACAAAUCCGAAAAGAAGGUCGUCGGCUUCGAUUAAUAAAUCCCCUUUCACUCUCACCUUCACUCUCUCUCUCUUAUUCACACGAGCGUUGCGUCGUCUUUGCUCCUCGUUCCAUACACACACACGCACAUACACACACACGCACAUACACACACACACGCACAUACACACACAACAUGUCGCAGAGAGCAAUCGUUGUUGGCGGUGGACUGUCCGGCUUGAGUGCCGCGCACACCAUCUACCUGGCGGGAGGAAACGUGCUCGUUCUCGACAAGCAGGGUUUCUUUGGCGGCAACUCGACCAAGGCUACCUCGGGUAUCAACGGCGCUCUCACUCGCACGCAAGUCGACGCCGAGAUCCGUGACAGCGUAAAGCAAUUCUACGACGACACCCUGAAGUCGGCCCGCGACAAGGCGCGGCCAGAUCUGAUCAAGGUUCUGACUUACAAGUCGGCCGCCGCCAUUGAGUGGCUGCAGGACGUGUUCAAGCUCGAUCUGACCCUGGUCUCGCGGCUGGGAGGCCACUCGCAGCCCCGGACCCACCGUGGUCACGACGCAAAGUUCCCCGGUAUGGCCAUCACCUACGCUCUGAUGCAGAAGCUCGAGGAGCUCGCCGAGACAGAGCCCCAUCGUGUCAAGAUCAUCAAGAAGGCCAAGGUCACAAAGAUCAACAACGACGGUAACUUCGUCUCCGGUGUCGACUUUGAGUACGAUGGCAAGAUCCACACUGAGAACGGCCCCGUCAUCCUGGCUACCGGUGGUUACGCCGCCGACUUCACUGAGGACUCCCUCAUCAAGCUGCACCGUCCCGAGAUCUACAACCUGUCCACCACCAACGGCACCCACGCCACCGGUGACGGCCAGAAGAUGGUCAUGAAGCUCGGUGGUAACGGCAUCGACAUGGACAAGAUUCAGGUCCACCCUACCGGCCUGGUCGACCCCAAGGACCCCGAUGCGAAGACCAAGUUCUUGGCUGCUGAGGCUCUCCGUGGUGAGGGUGGUAUCCUUCUCAAUGCCACUGGCGACCGCUUCUGCGACGAGCUCGGUCAUCGUGAUUACGUCUCGGGCGAGAUGUUCAAGAACAAGUUCCCCAUCCGCCUCGUCCUCAACAGCAAGGCCUCCAACGUCCUCGACUUCCACACUCGCCACUACUCCGGUCGUGGUUUGAUGAAGAAGAUCUCCGGUAAGGAGCUGGCCAAGGAGAUCGGUUGCGGCGAUGCCCACCUCCAGAAGGUGUUCCAGAGCUACAACGACAUCGCCGACGGCAAGGCUAAGGACCCCUACGGCAAGAAGUUCUUCCACAACACCCCCUUCGACAUCAACGACACCUUCCACGUCGCCCUGAUGCAGCCCGUGCUUCACUUCACCAUGGGAGGAGUCGAGAUCAACGACAGGGCUCAGGUCCUGAACAAGGAGGGCAAGCCCUUCGAGGGUCUCUACGCCUGUGGAGAAGUCGCCGGUGGUGUCCACGGUGCCAACCGUCUCGGAGGGUCCUCUCUGCUUGGUUGCGUCGUCUACGGUCGCGUGUCCGGCGAGUCCGCCAGCGAAUACCUCUUCCAGAAGGUCCUCUCGCAGGGGGGUGCCGGCAACGCCAGCGCGCGUCUCGGUCAGAUCUCGCUACACAUUGACCCGAGCAAGCCCGGACGCGUUACCGUCGACUGGAGCGGCGCCGCCGCGUCCUCAGGCAGUCAAUCAGACAUCGAGGGCCACACCGCGACGCACCCCGUGUACAAGGCCGGAGCCGAGGGUGCCGACCCUGCCAAGGUGGCCCCUUCCAGCCCCAAGGAGUUUGUGAUCCCCACCAACGAGAUCACCAUGGAGGAGGUAGCGAAGCACAAUAAGAAGGACGACGUAUGGGUCGUCGUCAAGGAUCUCGUGCUCGACUGCACGGGCUUCCUGGAGGACCACCCCGGCGGUGUUCAGGCUAUUCUGAACUUUGCCGGACGCGACGCGACCGAGGAGUUCGCUAUGCUCCACGACGAUGAGGUCAUCCCUAAGUACGCCCCGGCCACCGUCAUCGGGAGAAUAGCGGGCUCCAACCCGAAGUUGGACUUGUAAUUCGUUUGUUACCGGUUAUUAUUUUGAUUGUCUUUCGUUCCUAGCGGUGUUUGUUUUUGUUUUUUGUUUUUUGUUUUCUUUUGGGAGUACUAAGACUGGGUUUCAUUUUUAUGACGGGACGGGACGGUAGCCGUGUGUAUGUAGGCUAUGGACGGGGGGAGGCGGAAAAUAUUGAUUACCCUUUUGGUUUUUUUCUCUUUUCAAUGCGUGAUCUGUGCUCUACGUCUACUUACGUUUACGUCUUAUUGGUCUUGAUGAGUGUCUUGAUGAGUGAUGGGUGUAUUGAUGGGUGCGGUAUUGAUGGGUGUAUAUAUAGGAUUGAUUUGUUUACACAUUUACUCUGG